AUGGCGUUCGUUAUACGCAAGCAGAAGGCAAUGUAUCAAGGAUCGCGAUGUUGUGUCCCAAAAUGCAGUAACAGACAAGGCACAGACAAGCUGCAAGGUGUCCGCAGAUCGUACUACAGGUUUCCUCAAGGGGAAGCAAACCGAGACUUACGGAGAUUGUGGGAAACCAGCGUAAGGCGUGAUAACUGGACAGCCAGCAAGCAUGACCGGGUCUGCUCUGAUCACUUUGCAGGAGGAAUACGCACCCACAUCAAAGGGUCCCCAGGAUACAUCCCGAGUAUCUUUGCGUGGACAAAGGCAAGCAAGUCAAGACCAUCGAGAACCUCUGAACAAGCAGGAACUGUCACGCCAGUCAGUUGGUGCAAGGACUCCUGGUCCCCUGCUCCCGAGACUCCAGGGGGACUCACUGAGCGAAAGAUUGCUCUAGCAAAGCAGAGGGAGGAAAAACAGGCUGCACAAGCAAAGGAAAAUACCACCCGGGUCUGGAAAGAACAUGGACAUGACUACCCAGAGACAUGCAGAGCAAAGCCCUCUGUGUAUGACGAAGAACUAGCGGCAUUACACGAAACUGUCCAGCGGUUAGAGGAAGAGAAUAGUGCAGACGUUGACUUCGAGCGUGAGACCAGAGCAUUGUACAGUUACACAGCAUUGUACAAUGCCUCCAUGUUGGGACACGUUGAUGUAGUGAGACUGCUGCUCCGCAAGGGGGCGUCUGUGGCGAAGAGAGUCAAGACUUCAUUUGCUCCCCUACAUGCAGCAGCAUCUGAAGGACGGACAGAAGUGGUGGACUUGCUGGUGCAGCAUGGUGCAACAGUAGAUAUACUGGACUCCAUGAAGUGGACUCCACUGGUGGAUGCAUUUGGCAACAACCAUGUCGACACAGUUCGGCGACUGCUUGAGCUCGGAGCAAGACCUGAUUUUCUUUUCUAUCAUAGGUGGGCCAGAAAGGCCUGUCCCGAGAGUUUGAAGCUGAUAGAAGAGGCGAGGAAGACCAAGCUGUUGAGAUGCUGCAACCCUAAGUGUGGCAAACCAGGCUACAGGAAAACCGGAACCCUGAAGCUGUGUGCCGGGUGUAAGCUGACCCGCUACUGCAGCCGUGACUGUCAGAUACAACACUGGACUGUGGGACACAAGAAGUGCUGUGGGCAUGACGUGUGCUCUGACGAGGGAACAGACCCCUUCCAAAAAGUCCAAUCUCAUAGUACAUGCAUAUGUCACACAUAUGAUAUUAUGGAACGGCUUAUUGCGGCAUUUACGAAGAACUUAUGAGCACACCAUACCGCAACAACCAUUGAUAUCAAUGUAGUAAUUUUGCCAAUCUUAGUUUCUACUAUGGACAUGGCGUUUGUGUCCUUGUACAUAUAAAAUAGCGUGUCAAUUUUUGUUUUUCAUAUACGUAUUCUGUUUAAAAGGUAAUACGGUUUAUUAAGACCUUGUUUUAUCCUGUUUUAUCUUGUAGAAGCAAGUAAACGAUGUAAAGUGUGUAUGGGGGGUCGGGAUGUUACAAAAUAAAUUUUGCAGUGACCACAUUUCCUUUCGUGUCCUUUGUUAGAUCAGUGAAAAUUAGGCUGUCGCACUAUAAUUGUCACAGCGACAUUUCAUAUCCCUGCUCAAUCGUCUUUUGUCUAUUAAAAGUAAGGUAUUACUGAACUGUUGUGAUGUGAAUGUAAUGAAAUGUGUAACCCGAGCUAUUAUUUCGUUUGACAAGUUGACAAGUUUUCAGAUGAAUAAAAACGACAAUAAGUGAAUA